GCACAAGUGGCAUUGGAGACUUGUGUUGGGAGAUGCAUCGGGAUUGAGUUCCAGGACAACUUGGCAAACAUGUCAAAACUGCUGAUUCGUGGCGCACGCGUGGAUUUCCCGAAUUUAUCCAAGGUCACGAUUCACGAGGCCGACCUCAGAGCGAUGAGCCCAGCCGUACGCGAGGAUUUUGACGGGGGCAGUGUUUUAUUUGCGAACAAUAUCGUUUUCGAGCCUACAAGUUUUGCGGCGCUGGAGGACUUUGCAUCUUCAGCAGCAGGUUUGGUCGACGUCGUUGUCAUGGCAACAAUUUGCGGCCGGCACCGCCCAACCUGCCCGCGCAACUUCUGUUCUGUCUGGACGCCCCGACAGCGUAUCGACGUUCAAGUGUCUUGGUCUUCCCAGCUUCAUCACGCAUACUGGUACACCAGGGUUGUAGAGCCCUACAUCUAA